UUAAACAAUAAACGGAUCAAAUAUAUAUAAAUUUCAUGUGGAUAAUCUAAAUAUUGUUACGGAUGUGACGUUCGCAAUAAUAGAGUUACAAAUAAUAUUUUUAAUAUAUACGCGUCCAAUUAAAUAUUGAAAUAUUAACAGCUACAAUUGGUAUACUAGAAAAUAUCAUUGACGUCAUCGCCGUCACAAAGAAGUCAACAAUAUAUCAGAUUUUGCGACAAUUGCUCAUCGUGACACAAUAUAAACAUGCAGAAUAAAUCAAAUAUUUAUACAAUAAACAAUGCGCCACCAUCAUACGCGGAAGCAACAGGAGCACUUGCAUCAAACACACAAAAUCCACAAUUAGACCAAACAUAUCCACAUACAACAAUCUAUCCCUCUCCGUCGGGGCCGUUUUCGCAUCCAUAUUCGCCGAAUUAUGGAUAUCAAAAUUUGGAUAGAGUGCCUCCUGUUCAAUCAUCUUAUCCACAAUAUGAGUCAACGGAACAUCAAAGUCAACCAACGGAAAUAAUUUACAACAGAACAGUAAUAACAAGAACGAAUACAAGAGACAAAUCAUGCAAAAGACUUUUUCGACUGAUGUGGAUAAUAGGUGUAUUGGCAUCUGUAGGAGCUCUUGUUAGUCUAAUACUUAGAGCUAUUCGAUAAAUUUUGCGACAAUUGCUACGAAGCCGUGACACAAUAUAAAUAUGCAGAAUAAAUCAAAUAUUUAUACGAUAAACAAU